AGCGGGCGCGGCGGCCGCCGCUGGCUGCGCAGUUCCGCGGAGGUGCUGGAGCAGGGCGGAGGGGACGGACGGCUGGCUGUGGGGCUCUGCUUUCCUUUCUCGCCUCCGGUCCCGGUUCCCCGGGGUGCGGGCGCGCCCCGCCGCCAUGUGGCUGGCCCCCCUUCUCCUCGGCGUCUUCCUGCUCUCCGGCCCCGUCGGCGGGAGCGAUGGCUCGGCUUCCACUGCUGUUACGUGCUUUACAAGAGGACUUGACCUUAGAAAGGAGACAGAAGAUGUCCUUUGCCCAGCAAACUGUCCUCUGUGGCAAUUUUAUGUCUUUGGGGAUGGAGUUUAUGCCUCUCUUUCCAGUGUCUGCGGAGCUGCCAUACACAGUGGAGUGAUCACCAGUGCAGGAGGAGCUGUAAGGGUACAGACUCUCCCAGGACAGGAAAACUACCCUGCUGUAAAUGCCAAUGGAAUCCAGUCUCAGGUGCUCACUAGAUGGGCUUCGUCUUUCUCAGUGACUCGUACCAAGAACACAGCACUUGAAGCAGUUGGGCGAGCAGUAUCAACAGCGCGUCCUUCUACAGGUAAAAGACCUAAGAAGCCACUUGAUAAAAAGGCUGGAAACAAAGACUGUAAAGCUGAUAUUGCAUUUCUCAUUGAUGGAAGUUACAACAUCGGCCAACGUAGAUUUAAUUUGCAGAAAAACUUUGUUGGAAAAGUAGCUGUGAUGUUGGGAAUUGGAACAGAAGGGCCUCACGUUGGAGUUGUACAAGCCAGUGAACAUCCAAAAAUUGAAUUCUAUCUGAAAAACUUCACUGCUGCAAAAGAGGUUUUGUUUGCUAUAAAGGAACUAGGGUUCAGAGGAGGCAAUUCUAAUACAGGGAAAGCUUUGAAGCACACAGCUCAGAAAUUCUUCUCUUUAGAAAAUGGAGCGCGCAAAGGAAUUCCCAAGAUCAUUGUAGUGUUCCUAGACGGCUGGCCCUCAGAUGAUAUAGAAGAAGCAGGCAUAGUGGCCAGAGAAUUUGGAGUCAAUGUAUUCAUUGUAUCUGUAGCAAAACCCACAACAGAGGAGCUGGGAAUGGUACAAGACAUUGGUUUUGUUGACAAAGCUGUCUGUCGAAACAACGGCUUCUUCUCUUACCAAAUGCCCACCUGGUUUGGUACUACCAAAUACGUGAAACCUCUUGUCCAAAAAUUGUGUUCGCAUGAGCAGAUGUUGUGUAGCAAGACAUGCUACAACUCCGUCAACAUCGGUUUCUUGAUAGAUGGUUCCAGCAGUGUUGGAGACAGCAACUUCCGCCUUGUGCUGGAGUUCAUCAGCAACGUUGCAAAGGCUUUUGAGAUCUCUGACAUUGGUUCCAAGAUUGCAGCUGUGCAGUUCACGUACGAUCAGCGUACUGAGUUCGGCUUCACAGACUACACCACAAAAGAAAAGGUCCUCUCGGCUAUCCGGAACAUUCGCUACAUGAGCGGAGGCACUGCUACUGGAGAUGCCAUUUCUUUCACAACCAGAAAUGUGUUUGGGCCAAUGAAGGAUGGACCUAACAAAAAUUUCCUCGUUGUUUUGACUGAUGGUCAGUCUUACGAUGAUGUUAGAGGACCUGCUGCUGCUGCACAAAAAGCAGGAAUAACAGUCUUCUCUGUUGGUGUUGCCUGGGCACCUCUGGAUGAUCUGAAAGACAUGGCUUCUGAACCAAGAGAAUCUCAUACUUUCUUCACUAGGGAGUUCACAGGAUUGGAGCAGAUGGUUCCUGAUAUUAUCAGAGGCAUCUGUAAAGAUUUUUUGGACUCUAGACAAUAAAGCAUAAACAUGCUGUUGGCUAUUACUACUUUGAAACUAAAAAUCAUGAAAACAAAAUGGUCCCUCUAAAGUACAGAUGUUUUAUUCUUAUGUAUACUAUCAUAAUGUAAGGGAAGGAGGAGGCUACAUUUUAUUUCUGUAGUCAGUCAAGGAUUCUUGUGAGCUUGUUAGAAGUUGUACUUAAUAUUGGAAUGCAGAAUUUGGCCAACAGCUAUUCUUUUCAGUAAGUAUAUAAUAUGCCCAAGUUUACAGCUAUGCAUAUCAUGCACUUAUGGCUAUCAGAUAUCAGCAGAGACAAUAAAACAGCUCUGAACUUUCUGCUGUCACUUGCUAGAUGUCCUCUUACGAGUUAAAAAGAGCGUAAUUUUAAAUACAUGGUACUAGCUUCUGUAAGCCUUCUGUAGCUUACAAUUCUGUAUCUUUUCCAGAAGUUCUGCUGAUAGCAUAAAGUACUUUCAGUGCUUCAGUUGCACAACACCUGUUAUUGGCAGGCAGUUUAAGAAAAGGUAUGGCAGGUUGUCGCUCAACAGUCUAUAUUUACUAGUUGAGAUUUUGCUAUUGUGAAUGAUACUGCUGCGUGGUUGGCAAAGUUUACAUCAUAAAACAUUUGACUUCUACCCACAGCUUUCUGUGGAUCUGUGUUGUUUGAUUCUUUUGGCACAGAUUUUGAAAGGUAUUUAAGGCACAGUACUUCUUUUUGAGGGUCUGGAUCCUAAAAUAUUAGUUGAUACUACUGCUUCCUACGCCAAUGAAGUCAACAAUGAUAUUCCUAAUAUAUCUGAUAACUGGAUUUUUUCCUGUCUACUGUCUGUACCAUCUUGAGCAGAUUAAAUUAGACCACACACUGGGAACUGAAGGCAUUCAAAUCAAAAGGUAUCUCAAACCUUGAAACCUAACGGAUUUAUAUCAGAUCACAUUGUUAGAAAAGAAGAGAGUAGGUAGCCAUGUAGUGGGAUUCAGUAGCUCACAGAAUAACAACUUUUCUAAUGCUAGUUAAAAAUCAUCUUUAUAGAUGAGAGGUUCACUGAGGAUGAAAAAGUUUUCUUGAAAAAAGGCUUUCAUUUGAUCACAUACCUAGUAAUAUGUUGAUAUAUUUACACCUACAUGCAUGUCAUUAAAAUGAUGCAAUAUUCAUUGAAUUAUUCCAGAUUCUGGGUGUGAAUAACAGACUUAAAGUGUUCCUUAGAAAAUAAAGGUUUUCACAAGUAAAAUGUAUAGUAAAAAUCAGAACAGUACUUUUCCUAUCAAUCUAGGGUUUCCUUUUUUCCCUCCCCCAUUAUUGAUUGUAAAAUUCAUAGUAGUUAUGGAGUGGCACAGAAGGGAUUGUAUUCAUCAGGCUUUUGUUGUGCAUUUUUAAUAACUUAUGACUGGCUAUAUAUUACACUAAACAUGAAUGGCAAAGAUGCCUUGUAUUUUUCUAUGAAUUGUUAUCCUUAAUUUUGUUAUGUGUUUAUAGAUAAGAGUAUUCAGCUAUUGCUGUAUAAAUUCGUAUGCAAUA